AUGCAGUGCGGGGCCGGGCGGCGGGCGGGCGCGGCGGAGAGGGGCAGAGCCCGGCGGGCGGCGGGGCGGCCCCGCUCCCCGUGAAGAGGCGGCGCGGCAGGGCAGCGGCCGCCGCCAUGCAGCCGUUGUACCGAGCCCCGGCGUUGGUACUGAUGCUUCUGGCCGCCGGGAACUUGUGCCUCUUCCUUGCCUCCUCAGAGGAGCCAACUGUUGAUGGCCUCACAUCAACUUCCUUGCUGGAGUUUGCCAUGAUGUCCCACCUGGAGGCCAUGAAUUCCCACGAGCAAACCAGCCCGGAGGCUGCAGAGCCUGAUCUUGCCCCCAGCUCUCUGCAUGCUGCCCCAGGAUCAGGCUUUGCCAGCGAGGAGAAUGAAGAGUCCAAGAUCUUGCAGCCCCCGCAGUACUUCUGGGAAGAUGGGGGAGAGCUCAAUGACUCCAGUCUGGACUUGGGACCAGCAACAGAUUACAGCUUUCCUACUGCGUCUCAGAAGUCCCCGCUGAAAGGGAAUGGGACACAGGUGAAGGACAACUGGGAAACAGCCACUGUCCAGACACCAGCAGAGUUUGUUGAGCCUGACUUGCACACGUCUUUCUCCAGCACACUGGAGGAAGAGGAGGGACUGCUCCCUAUAGAACACUCAAGAGGAGGACUGGAGAGCCUUCAGACCUCUGAGCCAGAGGUUGCGUCUUCCGAACCCGUGGGACAAGAGGACUACUUCUCUCUUCUGUUUUCCACAGCUUCUGCCAGGCCAGGUGUUGUGACUGAGGCAGCCACAGGAGGGCAAGAAGAAGAUUCAGUUCCUCCAGGCUUAGACCUUGGGAGCAGCAUGGGACCAGGUCUUCUGCCUGUGUCCUCUAUUUUUUCUACUACUAGUGCUGUGAAGUCUCCCAGUAUUUCAGAAGAGCCCUUUGAGGUGACAGCUGGGAACACAUGGGCUGUUGGGGGAGCAGAUUCAGAGUUCACUAUGACCACCACAAGAACAGAGCUUUCUGAGACCACGAUGGAAGCUGCUGGGGAAGAGCAUUCAGCCAGAGAGGAAUUCUUGGACACCACAGUGGGGUGGGAGAUGCUGGAGCCCACAGUGCUAACUGAAAGGGAGCAGACAGCAGAAUUGCCUACAGGGACACCAUCUCCUGGAGGCAGCUUCCCAGGCAGCCAGACUCUUCCUGGCAGUGAGCAGCAACCCACUUCUUCUGCGUCUGAAUGGGACAGACCUGAGAAGCCUGCACUGGAUUCCAUUUGGAAUGACACUGAGGCAGCCACUGAGACUGUGGUGACAGAGAGGAGCUUGUCACCACAGGCAGGGGAUGCCCGCAUGGCCAUGCUGCCAACAGAGAUGCCCUGGGACUCAGCACAGGUGAUCUGCAAAGACUGGAGCAACCUGGCGGGGAAAAACUACAUCAUCCUGAAUAUGUCGGAUAACAUUGACUGUGAGGAGUUUCGGCUGGAGAGGGGUCCCCAGCUGUUGGCACUGGUGGAGGAUGCCUUCUCCAGACAGGCGGAUGGACUGCAGGAGCGCUGGGUGAUCUCUCUGAGCAAACCCAGUGAGAACGACAAGCACUUGCUCAUGACACUGGCAGGGGAACAGGGUGUCAUCCCUACAAAAGAUGUUCUGAUGGCACUGGGGGAUGUUAAGAUGAGCUUAGCUGAGAUUGGCAUCCAGAAUUACUCAACCACGACAAGCUGCCAGUCACACCCCAACCAGACACGCAGUGAUUAUGGGAAGCUCUUUGUGGUACUGGUGAUCAUUGGCUCCAUCUGUGCCAUCAUCAUUGUACUGGGGCUCAUAUACAACUGCUGGCAGAGACGCCUGCCCAAGAUGAAGAACAUGUCCCACGGUGAGGAGCUGCGCUUUGUUGAGAAUGGCUGCCAUGACAACCCCACCUUGGAUGUGGCCAGUGACAGCCAGUCAGAAAUGCAGGAGAAGAAGCCAAGUGUGAAUGGUGGCAACACCAUCAAUGGCCCUGACAGCUGGGAUGUCCUGAUCAGUAAGCAGGCAAGCGAGGAUGUGGAUGUGUUUGAGGAAGACACGCAUCUUUAGAAAGAGGAGGGAGGCAAUCACCUCCUUAAAUACAUUUGUCUUUCUCCUGUCUUGACUGAUGGACCAUGGGAUCAGGUGGCUUCUCAGGAACUUCUUAAAGGUUUGGGACAGGACAAGUCUUUGGGCAAGUUUUUCCAGCAGAAGUCCUGAGCACGCAUCUGAGGCUUGGAGCCAGGAGGAUCACUGAACAGAGGGAAGUGGGGAGGGGUGGGCGUGUAGGUCUCUGUGUGUGUGUUCCUAUCAGUAGCACCAAUGCUUUCAUCACCUUUAAAUGCACUUACUGUAGUUCUCUGGUAGUGGCUGGGCUUGAAAAGCAAGGUGGUGAGGCUAAGUCUGCCACCCAGAGUCCAGCUUUGGGGGCAGUAAAUUCACUUUGGGAGUGCAGAUGGAGCUAUGGCAGCCAGAUCUUGACCUUGAGAUCAUGUUCAGUCCUUGCAGGUGCAGUAAACCUGUGCAUUCUGGAUGGAGGGGAGCCAAUACUCAGUCAAUGUGCUGGACAGAAUUUGCAUUCCAUGUGUGAAAAGGUUUUUUUAGUUGUGGGGUUUUUUUUUUUGUUUUUUUUGGGGGGGGGGGGCGGUCGGUUUUGUUUUGUUUUUGGUUUUGUGUUUUUUUUUUUUUGGUGUUUUUUAGCAGCAUUCAGCUGGGCUGAUGUUUACAUCUGGGAAAAACAUCCUGCUGUCAUCUAAUUUCUCCCCUUGCACCACAAACAGCCCCACUUUCUUUUUUAGUUCCACAUCUCCAAGCUGAGUUUGCAGGUUUUGAGUGCUUUACCUUUGCUUGAUUGCAGCAGAUUUGGUGCUAGGGUGCAGCAUCUUAGUGGGAAAUCCACUAAUCCACUAAAUAAGGAAAUUUACCUGCCUCUUUCAUGCACCAAAAUAUCCCUUGUCUGAAUCUCAGUUUCUGACUGGAGGCCUUCUCCAGUGCUGUUCCAUUUUUCAGGAUAGUUUGGUGUCAGUUGGUCUUUUCUUAGACCAAGGUAAAGACUGUGAGACAUUUUAAACAGGAAGAGAAGUAAAAACUCAGAUAAUUUUCUGGACCUUCGGUUUCCUUUUCAGCAUCCUGCCCUGAGGUAGGGGGAGGUGAUUAAUGUCCCAUAGGUGUAAAUUGUGUAAUAUCUUUAAAAUCACUGCAUUUAAGCAAGCUAAAAGCCAGUUCAGAAGAAAUGAGAAUCAGAUCUAAGAGGUCCCCAGUGAACGUGUCUCAGGCAUGCCUCAGGCAACUUUGAGGCUCCAGCUCCCUGAAGAUGUGUGAUAAAAGGCACGUGAAUGUGCAUAAAUGUUCUCUGAGCCCUGCCUAAACCCAGACUCAGAACUACUGUCAAGCCUGAAAUGCCAGAACAUUUGUUUCUUCUGUCAUCGUGGGACUGAGGGACCUGCUUUGGUCAGAGGCAGCAGUAUUCCUGUCUACUGUAGUAAGCAAGCAUGCAGAUCACUGUAAGCUGCAUCUUCACAUUUGGUCUGUAAGGGAACCUUUGUACAGAAAGACUCCAGGUGCAUGGCAUGAUGCUGAGCCUGUACAUCUAUCCCUGUAUGUAUAGAUAUUUUUAGCACGUACAUCCCUGGUGUGAGUGCCUGAAGUCAAAGGUACAAGAGUCUGUUGUUUCGCUUUGCACACAAACUGAAUCACAGAUCACCUCAGUGUAGGACUGCAUGGGUAACACUCUUGUUAGGGAUUCAAGAAGGGUGAUAGCCUUUGGCUUCCAAUCCAGAUUCCAAUUUUCAGUGUUUUCAUCCUGCCUCCACACCUUCCCUUGUGUUACGACGGAGAAUGGUAACCAUCAGCUUCAUUUGGACCUUACUGGUAGGGUUGCAGAGAUGCUCAGACAAGUUCCCUCUCCUGUCCCAGCAGUUCAUAAAAUGGGGAACAGUCCAUGUCUGUGGACAGCCACCUGUGGUCUUUCUCUGACCACCCCUCACUGAUGGCUCCUGCUGAGCUGGAUGGGUCUGUGCAGUUAAACCACACGAGUUCAGUGGUCUGGUCACAGCACAUUGGGACUCGCAGGAUUAAACACCAAGUUGUUGUUAUGGUGAGUAAAUUAAAGCAUGGAGUUAAAAUUUGAGUUUGUGUAGCACUUAGCAUAACAGGGCCUGGCAUGGCUGUGGCCUUUAGGCAGUUUUCACCGUAUUAAGUGUUUCUUAGUCCAAUAAUUUUCAAUAAACAUGUUUUUAAUGCCCUGUGGUUAUUAAAAAGGUAACCCCACCAAUCCAGUGUGAAUCGAUUCACCCAGCAGACACUUCAUUGUUGCACUUCAUUGCUAGGAGCUGCUUCCCUGCCCUGCUUUUCCUUCACUAAUUCAGAGUAACACCAAGGUUCUGACAAAGCAGUGCUUCUGGCUGGGCUCAGCAUCUGCUGAUCUAGUGUGAAGUUUUCAAACUUUAGGAAAUCCAAGGGGGGCUGUGCAGACUUUUUAAUAUAGCAAGUUCUCCUGAUUUGCUCUGCUUACGGUCUGAAGGUUCUCCAGAGACUAUAGAGCUCCCUUCUGCAUCUGCAGCAUCCAGGCAACACUGAGAGUGUUUAAGGGUGGCCAUCAUGAGGCUGAGGACAAUUUUCUGCUGUCUGUGACAAGGUGUACCUGACUGUAUGAUCUCAGUUUAGUUUCAGAAAUCUACUGGUUAAUAGCAUUUCACUUUAGUCUGGUGGUACUUUUUAUACCUUUACCAUUUGCUUUUUCUCUGUAUAACUUUUUUGCACUAGGCUGAUCUUGUUAAGUCGAUUGCACUGUUAUCCCUCUCCUGCCAGCCUUGCAGAGAUGGAUCAUCUCUGGGGACCUGCUGGCUGGGGAGCACUGUAGAGAGAUUGUUGAGAGCCCACUUAUUCUGUUGGUCGGUGCCUGGGUUUCCAGCUCUGUACAGGAAGGAUUUAAAGAGGAAGAGAAACUUUGUCUUAGCAUUUGUAACAGGAAGCUUUUCUAUCACCUUAAUGUAGUUAAAGUUCUUUUUAACAAAACUGUCAAAGCUGGACUUCUCGGAGCAGUGUGCCAGGCAACACAGCAGAUGCAGGAGACAAAGUGAUUCCUGAAAAACUCUUUUCCACCUAUUCGGACUUCACUGUGGUCUCAUCUGCCAAACGUCUGGUUGUGCUGACACCUGGUGGCUGUUGGGACUUGGAGACGAGAAAAAAUUUUAAAAAGGACAUUUUUUCCCCCCUCAGCUCUGGGUAUCUGUUUCCUGUGACCUGGACAGUCACCUGGUUCAUUCAUGGGGGGCUGCUGGACUCGCUUGUGAGCAGAGGGGCUCACACACACAGUUGCUGUGAGGCAUCCCCCAACUGCAAAGCUUUGAGAUGGGACUUUCCCUGGAGUUAACCAGUCCAGAGGCCCUGGGCAGCUACACAGGAUCUUAGCUCUAUCUCCUCCUUUCUUCUCCGCUUGCCCCCUUUCCUCCCAGGGAGCUUGGCCAGAAAGCCAAGCAAGGCUCUGGGUUGAAACAGAGGUGGUUCUUCAGAGAGAGCAUCAUGUGCUGGUGUGAGAUCUGCGCCCCAGGGAACACCUCUGGUGGCAUCAACUGGCAUAGAGAAGAUGGGAGAGGCUCUCCAACUCUGUGGGGUGGUGACCAGAUGUGGUCUGUGAUGGCCAAGCUGCAGAUGACUUCCAAAUGUUGCCCAGAUGUCUAGAACAGCAUCUCUAAUAUGGAGUCCAACAUGUGACAGAACUUUGCAUCCUGCCAGCAGCUUCGUGGUACGUGGGGUGUAGAGGAACAAUGAAAAGUGACCUGGUAACUGUGCUCUGGAGUAUCUAAUUCAAGUUCAGAAUGCAGUUCAAGAUACUACCCUCAAGGAUCCCUCUGGGUAAAGGAUGCAGCGUGAAACAGAGGUACUUUAUCACAUGGAUUAUUACAGUAUUACCUUGGAGCUUUGCAGCAGGAUCCCACUGCAGCCACUGCCAUCAGCAGCUCAUCUCUUCCCAUCCAUCUUUGCAGCUAUGCAGAAGCACAUCCUGUUCCUCACAGAACGUUUGGGGCAGCUUGAAAAGAGACCACGAACACCUUCAUCUGUGGUGGCUCACAAAAGCCUGAUGGGCUUGUCUCAGCUGACAGCCAGGCUCCCAGCUGUUCUUCUCAAGACUCUUGUUCCUGCUGGACCUAAACUGCAAGCCCUGGCCACUGCUCUGUGUUGCUGCCAGAGAACACUUAGAAACACUUGUGUCUGGCCCUGGGAGCAACAGGGUUGUGGUUUUGUUUUCUUUGCAAUAAAAUGCACCUCCUGGGUGUCUGAACACU